UAAGUGCGAAUCGGUUGAACUAUUCCAUCGGUCGAUCCGUUACUUUUACACUAAAUCCCAUGUUAAACAGUCGUUAGAACUUAAUACAAACACACAUAGAAUUAAUAAAAUAAAAAUAAAAAUAUAUUAAUAAACAAUUGUGUUUAUUUAUUUGGUUUUAUAGACUAUUUAAUGUAAGUACAGCACACAUGAAUUUGUUUACGAUUUUUUGUUAUUUAACUGUGAUGUGCGACACUCAAGUCAAGCCGGCUGCGAGCGCACAAAGAUUGCAGAGCGUGAAUCAAAAUGUGACACCAAUCAACGAUGGACGUAAAACUAUCAGAGAAACGUCAACAUAUUCAACUCGAUACGAUUAUAUUGAUAUUGAAGCUGUUAUGAACAAUGAACGAAUUAUAAAAGUUCUCUUCAAUUGUGUUAUGAGCCGAGGACCGUGUACCAGAGAGGGUUUGGAGCUCAAAAGGAUUGUUCCGGAUGCAAUACAAACAGAAUGUGCUAAAUGUAACGAAAGACAAAGAAAACAAGCAGGAAAAGUUUUAGCUCAUUUACUACAGUAUAAACCAGAAUACUGGAAAAUGCUGUUGCAAAAAUUUGAUCCAAAUAAUGUAUACUUAAAAAAGUAUAUGGCAGACAAUGAUGAUGACGAAAAAUUAUCUCUUCAAAAGCUUAGCAACGAUACUACUAAAUAAUGAAAACUAAAUUUUUAGUUAUAUAUUUUAUUAAUAUAAAAUAACUAAUUUUGUAUUUUCUUCUGAAUAUGUAUAUAUAUAUA